AGUAGUUAUUAUUCCGGCAUUUAUUGACUUAAUAGGCUGUUUAACUCACAACACAAUCAUUUAAGGGGACAAUAAUUUCCUAUUUAUCUGUUUAAAGAGUUAUAUAAAUAAGGAUUUGUUUCGCGACUAUAAAUAAAGACAACAUUUAGUUUUUCUAACUAAUAAAGUUUACACUUUUAAUAUAAACAAUGAAACGAUUUCUACUGUUAGCGAACCCGAGGACUGGAUCCACAUAUUUGGCCAAUUUAUUGAGAAGCCAUCCCGAUAUAGGACUCGCCGGUGAACUACUCAAUGAUGAGCGCAAUCUUCCUGACGAUGUCCUCCAAUACUGUGGCCAAGAAUUGUCUAAAUUUGAGCAGAAAUUUGUUGGCUUUAAGGUAUUUCCCGAACAAAUCUUCAAACGUAAGUUACGUUUCGAUGAAUUGGUCCGACAUUUGGGCGCAGAUGUGGUGAUAGUGUUGUGGAGGAAAUCCAUUGCCGAACAGUUGGCUUCACUCAGAAUUGCAGAAAAGACUGGCGUCUGGUUUGAAGGCGCGGAAGACUUCAACAACAAUCGCAAGAAUGGCCUAAAAGUAAAGACAAGUAUUUCAGACCAAGAAAUGAGAGAAUAUCACGAGUUUCUGGUAAAAGAUUGGCAAACAAUUGGCAGUCAAUGGCCUAUAGAUAUAAUCCCGAUAUAUGUCUGUUACGACGAUCUGAUUGAGGAUCCGUUGACACAAUUGCGUCAAAUCAUGGCUCGUUUGAGUUGUGAUAUGGAAACCUAUGUCUUCACGAGUCCCGGAGCCGUCAAACCACCGGUUCCGCCAUCGGAUAGAAUCGAAAAUUGGCCGCAAAUAAGCGAUGAAUUAAAAGGUAUGAAAAUCAAUGCGAAAAAACUACUGAAAGAUUGCAUCGAGAAAAACCUGAACGUGAAAUGUCAAGCCCUGGACUUUGUUCCCGAUCCCGAGCCCCCGAUGCCAUCAAAGGGCUGGCGAUAUAACGUUUGCGCGCCUUUUAUGCCUAAUGAGGCCAAAGACAAUGUAAUCCAAGCGCUGGUCUCGGGUUCGGUAUCUUCGGCCGGUUUUUGGCCCAAAGAAAUGGCCGAUAAGUUGCGUAAAGUAUACGACUGUCCGGUGGCUCAGCCGUGUAGUAAUGGCUUCACAUCUUUGGUGAUAGCAAUGCAAGCCAUGAGUUUGAGAAGCGGUGAUGAAGUUAUUAUGCCUUCACUAACGAUGAUAGCGGUUCCCAAUGCGGUCGCACUCUUGGGAGCCGUACCUGUAUUUGCCGACUGCGCUGACGGGCAGUACAAUCCCGGACUCAACGAAAUAUUGGAUGUCUCUUCAGAGGACGCGUGCAGUUGUGUUGACGCAUACCUAUGGAGUGCCGACCGAACACUUGGAGAGCAUUGCAAACGAAUGCAAAGCCAGGAAAUGGACUCUAAUUGAAGACAUCAGUGAAUGCGUUGGCGUAAGAGUGCGGAC